CCUGCGGAAUGAAUGAGCGUCCCCCGGGCCGCCGCCGCCGCCGCCGCCGCGCUGCUGCUGCUGCUGCUCCCAGCAUUCUGGCUGUGGCAGGCGGGCGUGCAGAAAGUGUAAGAGUGGUCCCUGCAGUGACUGAAUGAAGGAGAGUCCAAGGGAGGAGGAGGAGGAGGAGGAGAAGAGCCGCCGCCGCCGCUGCCGCCGCCAGCUCCGGGAUCAGCAUGCAGCCUUUCGCCAGCCUCCUCAACCUCUUGCUGCUGGCUCUCCUGGCCGGGCUGGAGCCUUCCAAGACUCAAAUUAGUCCCAAAGAAGGGUGGCAAGUCUACAGCUCUGCCCAGGACCCUGACGGGCGAUGCAUUUGCACUGUGGUUGCACCAGAACAAAAUCUCUGCUCCAGGGAUGCCAAAAGCCGGCAGCUUAGACAACUGCUAGAGAAGGUUCAGAAUAUGUCUCAGUCCAUUGAAGUUUUAAACCUACGGACUCAGAGAGAUUUCCAGUACGUUUUAAGAAUGGAAACGCAAAUGAAAGGGCUAAAGGCCAAGUUCCGGCAAAUUGAAGAUGACCGGAAGACUCUAAUGACAAAGCAUUUUCAAGAAUUGAAGGAAAAGAUGGAUGAGCUCCUGCCACUCAUUCCAGUUCUGGAACAGUACAAAACUGAUGCCAAGUUAAUCACCCAGUUCAAAGAGGAAAUUAGAAAUCUGUCUUCAGUCCUCACUGGGAUCCAAGAGGAAAUUGGUGCCUACGAUUAUGAGGAACUACACCAGCGCGUGCUCAGCUUGGAAACCAGGCUACGAGACUGCAUGAAAAAACUGACAUGUGGCAAGUUGAUGAAAAUCACUGGGCCUAUUACAGUCAAGACAUCUGGAACCCGCUUCGGAGCUUGGAUGACAGAUCCAUUAGCAUCAGAGAAAAACAACAGAGUUUGGUACAUGGACAGCUACACCAACAACAAAAUUGUCCGUGAAUACAAAUCCAUAGCAGACUUUGUCAGUGGUGCUGAGUCAAGGACAUACAACCUCCCUUUCAAAUGGGCAGGCACCAACCACGUGGUCUACAAUGGUUCUCUCUACUUCAACAAAUACCAGAGCAACAUUAUCAUCAAGUACAGCUUUGAUACCGGACGGGUGCUUGCUCAGCGUAGCCUGGAGUAUGCGGGCUUUCACAAUGUCUACCCAUACACCUGGGGCGGCUUCUCAGAUAUCGACCUGAUGGCAGACGAAAUUGGCUUGUGGGCCGUAUACGCAACCAAUCAGAAUGCGGGAAACAUCGUCAUCAGUCAGCUGAAUCCGGAUACAUUAGAAGUGAUGAAAAGCUGGAGCACUGGAUACCCAAAGAGAAGUGCUGGGGAAUCCUUCAUGAUCUGUGGCACCUUGUACGUCACCAAUUCACACUUAACCGGAGCCAAGGUCUACUACUCAUAUUCCACAAAAACCUCCACGUAUGAAUACACAGACAUCCCCUUUCAUAAUCAGUACUUUCAUAUAUCCAUGCUUGACUACAAUGCCAGAGAUCGCGCUCUGUAUGCCUGGAAUAAUGGACACCAAGUCCUGUUCAACGUCACUCUUUUCCACAUAAUUAAGACAGAAGAUGACACAUAAACGUUGGUCCAACAUUAUUUGGGCCACCCAAAAGCAGUGUCAUUUUGUGCUGAACUCAAAAGCAUCCUGCCGGGUUUCUUUUAAGUUCUUUUUUCCAGUAAGAAUUAAGGGGGGUGGGGAAGCUUUUUCUACCGUAUAAUGUAUUCCAAAUAUGGCAGAGCCUUUGUUUAACAUGACCUGGUUGGAAUUGCAGGUAUCUUUCUUAACUCUACACAAGGCCUGCCAUGACUUUGUCAUGGAUAGCACUCAAGUUGAUUUCAGUGGCUAAAGACAUUGUUUUAAACAAAUUUAAAAAGAUUAUUGAUCUGCCUUAUAUUAGAGUCAGAGACUAAUGGUGGCUUAACUGCAUGAAUGUCUUUUUCUACCAUACAUCAUUUUUUAAAAAAUAAAAAUGUCUGACUGCUCAACAUCGAAAUACAUUUGGACAAUAAUCUGAAACAGAAUGUGCAUCAAUAUUCUUUGGGUGUUGUUGUUUUUAUUUCAAAAACACUGUUCCAAAGUCAAAUAUUUAAGAGUUUGAUUUCUUUAGGGGUGAAAAACGUUAAAUUCCAUUGGCUGUUACACAAUUUCAGAUGCGGUGCUGUACAGUCUGUUUUUAAACCUCUCGCAAGUAAUUUCUCAAUGAUCUGUAUUUAUACCAUUGUGUCCACCAUUGUGCAAUUGUAUCUCUUCACUUCUGUGAAAGUCAACUAUUUUUUAUAAAAUAUAA